CCCCUCUCUCUCUCAGGCUUCCUAAAGGUGACCGUGGAGCCCCACUCUGUGCUCAUUAUUGAAUGUCUUUAAGUUGAGCGGCAGCGGGGAGACGAGCUUGACGCAGAUCAGCUGCGGACGCUGUUGUCUGCUGGAAUAAGCGGAGAGGGCUGCUAGAGGUUGUUAGCUACGGGAGUCUGUGUGCUUCUCUCUUUAGGUGAAUCAUCCACAGCCAUAAUUUUGUCUUUCUUGUAGCCUAAUUAGUUUUUGCUUUCUUCUGCAUCUCGGAUACAUUUUUAUCCAAAGUCGUCUUGUUUCAUUUCGCCAUUGACUCUUGGAUGUUGGUAAAACGACGCGCAUGCGUUGCUCUUGGAAUAAUUUUGCAGCCUAAAUUGCAUCCCUGAGAUCUUGUGUCAAAGUCGUUGACUAGCAUGUGGAUUACUCCGGAACGCGGAUGCUGGGGGAUCUUCUGCAUGUCUCUGCUCGUCACUGUUGUCUGCGGGGCGCAAAGCGCCAACGAACCUAGCAACAUGUCAUAUGUGAAAGCCACCGUGGACAAGUUGCUGAAGGGCUAUGACAUUCGUCUGCGUCCUGAUUUUGGAGGCGCCCCAGUGGAUGUUGGCAUGAGCAUAGACAUCGCCAGUAUUGACAUGGUAUCUGAAGUCAACAUGGACUACACCAUCACCAUGUAUUUCCAGCAGUCCUGGAGAGACAAGCGCCUGUCCUACACAGGCAUUCCUCUCAACCUCACCUUGGACAACCGGGUGGCAGACCAGCUGUGGGUCCCUGACACCUACUUCAUUAAUGACAAGAAGUCUUUUGUCCAUGGGGUGACAGUAAAGAACCGGAUGAUCAGACUGCACCCUGAUGGAACUGUACUCUAUGGUCUUAGGAUCACCACUACAGCUGCCUGUAUGAUGGACCUACGCAGAUACCCACUGGAUGAGCAGAACUGCACCUUGGAAAUUGAGAGCUAUGGAUACACCACUGAUGAUAUUGAGUUCUACUGGCAGGGCGGGAGCAACGGAGGCUCAGUCACUGGGGUGGAGAACAUUGAGCUGCCCCAGUUCUCCAUCAUAGACUACCAGACCCUCUCCAAGAAAGCUGUUUUUGCCACAGGCUCGUACCCCCGUCUCUCCCUGAGCUUCAAGCUGAAGAGGAACAUUGGUUAUUUCAUCCUGCAGACCUAUAUGCCUUCCAUCUUGAUCACCAUCCUUUCCUGGGUUUCCUUCUGGAUAAACUAUGAUGCCUCAGCUGCCAGAGUGGCCUUAGGUAUAACCACCGUGCUGACCAUGACCACCAUCAAUACCCACCUUAGGGAGACGCUACCCAAGAUCCCAUAUGUCAAGGCCAUUGACAUUUACCUCAUGGGUUGCUUUGUCUUUGUUUUUCUGGCUUUGCUGGAAUAUGCCUUUGUCAACUACAUCUUCUUUGGCCGGGGUCCUCACCUGCAGAAGAAGGUGGCAGAAAAGGCUGCCAAGUCCAACAAUGAAAAGGGCAGACUGGAGAGCAACAAAGUGCAGGUUGAUGCUCAUGGCAACAUUCUCCUGACCAACCUCACCAGUGAGAUGAGUGGAGCAGAUAUGAUGGGCACUCUCAAUGACCCUCGGGCUACAAUGUUCUCUUAUGACAGCGCCAGCAUACAGUAUCGCAAGCCCAUGAUGAGCCGAGAUCUGUAUGGACGGCCGGCAGUUGACCGGCCAAUUGGUCAUAAAAAGGGUCGCUUGAGGAGGAGGGCUUCACAGCUCAAAGUCAAGAUCCCUGACCUCACAGAUGUCAACGCCAUAGACAAGUGGUCUCGUGUUGUGUUCCCAAUCACAUUCACUUUCUUUAACUUGGUCUACUGGCUUUACUAUGUCCACUAAGGUGACAGUAAAGAGCAUGUGCAUCAGCACCACUGAUUUCUUAGAAAAAUAUCAUGGUAGUGUACAGCGAUGAAAAUUGAGGAAUGUUAAUUUGCAUAAAUCCUGUUUUGGAAUGAGUGGCACUGAGUGUCUUUACAAUGUAAAUACAAUUUAAUAUUUAUAUAUAUAAAUAUAUAUACAUAUAUGACAGAGAUAUGAUUUAUUUAAAAAUAACACUCACUUUUGCUGUACUCAUGCUUAUAAAACAAGUAUAGACAAAAAUAAUGCUGAAUUUAAGAUUAGUAAUUUAUGGUACUUCUAAGUCCAAGUUUGCUGAAAAAGACUUUGGUGACUAAAACAUGAUGGGAUAUCAUCUGUCUUCUUUUUAAAUCUCCAGUCAUCUAUCCUUUUGCAUGUGAAUAUAAUGCAAUUUUUAUUUACUUGAACAACUGAACAAAACAGAUAAAUGAACUAAAGUAGGAGAAAAAGUGGCCCGGUGCUUUAAUAGUGGGUAACUAAAACAGAUUUCAUUUGAUCUUGCAAUUAAAGGUCACUCAUUUGGACAUUUGGUGAAAUCGCCAUAAGGUAGGGCUUUUUUGAUUCAAAUUCAACUCCGGUUGUAUUUUUGUUUGUUAGUUUGUUGUUAUGUUGAAAUCUUUCUCUCACAGCCAUAUUUGUGAGCUGACAAACAUGUUGUACUGCUUGUCAAUUGUUACUUAGUGUAUGCGCAGUUACCCACAUUUGCACUGCAAACCAAACUUUCCUUACAUUUAAACAUAAAAAACAUUUGACUCUUUUAAGCCUCUCUGCAUUAUUAUCAUACUGUAUGCUGUUAAUCAAAGGUAAGUGCAUAACAGAUGUUAAUUAGAUCUCAGUAUUCUGUCAGAAAUGCAACAUAGUCAAAUUUCUAUGUACAAUAUUCUCACAGUGCCUGUGAGCAUGUAUAAUGUAACUGUCUUUAACAGAAAAUCAGGUAAAUAAUGACCAGUGAUGUCACCAUGCUUUCCAAAUUGCAUAUUACAAGCCCUGAUAAUACAUGUAGCUGAUGUUAGAAAAUGCACUCUACUAUUCAACAUUUUUAUCAAAUACUUUAAGGAAAAUUACACAAAAGUUGGAAUUGCAGAGGAGCUUAUCAUUUAAAAUGUAUUACAUAAUUUAAGGGCAAGCAUUACAUUAUUUGCUUAAUUAAGAGUUAUGUAGUCAGUGCUGAGUAUCAGUUGUAAGAACCCAGUUUAAAUUUCCUCCAGUUCCAAUUCCCUAGAAAGAUUCAAAACAUACUUUAGAAGACAAACUAGUGGGGAAGACAGCAAGUAUAGGUUUGGCCAACAGUUAGUAUAACAUUGAGAGUAGCAGUCAAUAUCUAGAUCUUCUAGUGGUUUCCCUACAAAUUUAGUCUAUAUUGGACAAUUGAAUUCUCAGGAAUUAUGUUCAGUAUGAAUGUAAUAAUUAAAUAGUAAUGCCUGUUACAAUUAGGAAGUGGGUGGGCUUGUAGCAAGUCUGCCUUUAAGUCAGGGGAAUUCAGGGUUUUCCAAUAUUGGCAUGUCCAGUAUUGUUUGUCACAUGCUAGCACCGAAGUAAAGCUAAAUUCUGUGCUGUGGCUGAGGCAGGCCUUGUUUCCUGAAAAGUGUAAAAGAAGUGGACGGUGGUGCAUGCAUUUCUUCCUCCCUCCAGUACUCAGGUCUCUCUUAAAAAAUAAUUAUUCUUCUCAGUCUACCUGAUAAAGAUUGUAUUGAGGCUGUUGACUGUACAAGCAAGGUACAGGUACACAUGCUGGACACAGAAGACUUUGGGCAGUGUUUACAGGUGUAAACGUAAAACAGAUGCUAAUUUCUGGCCUGCAUAGACAGCUUUUGUCCUUCAAGUAAUACGACCAACAGGAGGAACACCUUAAGUCUAAGUGUAAUUCAAAUUUCUCACACAUCACCUAGCUAGCACCUUGUGUUGUUAGGUACAUGGUUUAACUUGGGGUGAAGUUAAAAAUUAGAUGAUAUUGUAUAAACUAUGACACUAAUAGGUUCUAACUGAUGUAUUAAUGUCUAUACAGUGAGAGAACAACAUCUGUGGAUGAACAAAAUCUAUCCAACCUAAAUUUAAACAUUUGUUUUGACAUGAGUUAAGAAAAUGGUCUGCUGGUUUAAUCAAACACCAAAGCUAUCAGAAACACAGCCUUGCCAUUACAGUCCAAUGGGAACCUUGUUUUUCAAAUGGCUUGAUGGACUUUUUUGAUGAACUGUACAAUAGUAGGAAUAUCAUUUUGUUUUUGUGUUGUUUUUGUUGCAAUUUAUCCAACAAAAUGUCCCAGGGACAUUAACCCUGAACCUCAAGUUAAUCACAUUGUUUGGACAAGAUCUUGCAUAAAACAAACUGGGUGUUAGUUAUAAAAUAAAAGUAAAUUCUCCAAAAUUACUGUAGUCCAUAAUCAAUAUAAUGUUACAGCAUACCAUCGGUAUUACAAUAGUGUUUUAUUUGUGCAUCCAAUGAAAUUUCUCUUCAGUUUCCACAUGCAGAUAUACAUAUUUUUUUUUUGAGGUUUGCCACUGUGUAGGCAUCAGCAUGUCUGACUGAAAAAAAAAAAAGUGGUUCCCUUGUGUGAUAAAAAAAAAGAUAAUUAAUUGAGGGAAAUUAAGCCCUCCCUAUGCCAUCCACCAAUCUAUGGUCAACACUUUAACUUUCAGUGAAUGCAUAAAUACUUUCCGCACUAAAUGUUAAAAUUGAGUUUUGAUCAUGACAUGUGGAACACCGGAUGUAGGCAUAAUUUGUAGAGAUGCCGAACCUCAACACAUUUAUUAGUUGUGUGGUUAUCUGCCUGUAUUGGGCUCGUGACCUGUUUCGUACCCUGCCUUCACCCUAAGUCAGCUGGGAUAGACUCCAGCACCCCCACGGCCCUAUAGAGGAUAAAGCAGUGUAUAGAUAAUGGAUUGAUGGAUGGUUAUCUGCAGUAACUGAUCAAUAUAAACAGACAGACAUGUUCCGUGUUUUUGUAACUCCUCAUUGUGGCCAGGGUUUCCUGAUCUCACAUUUUGCUUAUCUUGAUAGGUAUGCCUUAGCAACAUUCUUGUGAUCUUUCUCUCUAUUCUAGGCAUUUUACUGUUUAAGAUGUCUGUGUAGUUUCUCAUUCAUCCAGGUCAUGGUUAUCCAAGGUUGUUUAAAUCAAUCCAACUGGACUUUAAGAAAGUUCCUUGAAGACGUUUCACCUCUCAUCCAGGAGGCUUCUUCAGUUCUGGUGGUGGUUGAUGUUGGAGUUUUGAAAGGACCUGAUUGUAAAAUGGCGAAAGAUGAUGUCGCAGACCACCCUUCCUUAAAACUCCCCAAAAGAACUACUCAGCAGAAUGACUCAGGUGAGGUGACUCAUGCUAACGACCACCAUUAGCAUACGAGGGCUCGGUGAAACUCGCAUUUCAACGACCCCUUUUGUCACUCCCUGGCUCCCAACGACCACCGCUGAGGAGCCAGACGGGCCUUGGCAAUGGUCGUCGGAAUGUGAAUAACACUGACCACACCUCACAGAGGUUAUAAGCUGAGGCAACAUCAACCACCACCAGAACUGAAGAAGCCUCUUGGAUGAGAGGUGAAACAUCUUCAAGGAACUUUCUUGAAGUCCAGUUGGAUUGAUUUAAACAACCUUGGAUUCACUGUUUAACUAUAAACCUGUGGCUUUUAUACAGGCCAUACAGUUGUAGUGACUGAUUUUUGAGGCCAUUGUUUGUCAUAUGCUCUCUGGCAAACUAGUCAUGAAACUGGAUAUGCUGCCUUUGGUAGAGAUAUUCGCAAAUGAGUUAAUAUUUUUUCUGGUGUUAGUGUGUUUGUUUGUAGUCAGAUGUGUAAUGUUUAGAGUGAGUUAUUUUGGCUUUACUGUCAUAAGCUUCUGAAGUCAUCCAAAUUAAUGAUAGAGCACAUUAACAAACUGACCAAUCUGGCCAAGAAACACAAGUACUCAGAUGUUUAGACAGGCUGUAAACAAACCAACUGUUACUUAGUUCACUGUUUCAACAGAUUUAUAUAUAAACAUGAAAAUGAGAGCAUAAGGUUGGUGUCAAAUUCAAAUGGGUAUUUUCCAAAGUUCAACUCUGGAAGUUUAGCCUCCCCUUUACAACUUGCCUUUUCCAAUGUUCCUACUCUCUAGCAUAUCACUGCUGAUAAAAUGAUAGUCAGAACUAGAAUACAUAAUCACAUAUGAAAUCUAAUUGAUUAAAGUGAAAUAAUUUUCUUCCUUAAAAAUCAUUUGUUGAGGACAAAAUGUUGCAUUAAAGUAGUAGCAAAUUAUGUUAAGUAAAAAUGUGGGCUACUUGUUUUAUCAGGGCUUCAAACAAAACCAAGAAACGACAAAAAAGCAUCAAAAGCAGAUAGGCUUCAACAGGAAACAAUAGUAGUAGUAGUGUGCUUUUUCCUCAUGACUGAAUAUUGUGCCUUUACCAAGAAUCUCAAUAUAUUCACAGGGUUUGACUUAGCUUUGAUCUUGUAAGUACAAUUCAAACAAAUUAUCUUGUACUUUUUUUUAGAUGAAGGACUACGAGAACCAGAGACACCAGUGGCUCUUGAAAAUCGUUUUUGAGACUCUAAAAUAUAGCACCAUUAUCUCAGCAUGACUGUAGUAAGACAUUCCAGCACAAUGAUGACAAUCUUUUGAAUUCAAUGCGGAAUAAAUGAUUUCAAGGCUCCUUGUCAUGCUGUCAGUGUUGCUGUUCCUGGACAGAGCACAAAAAAUGGUCAGGAGGUGAAAAAACAAACCAAAAAACACAGCUUGGUUUUCUUCACAACAAAGGAUCCAGAGCAAAUGGACACAUUUUCUGUGAAGCGAAGAGCUAAUGGAAUCCCUGAACUGUUUUACCCAAAGGCUGCGGAGGGGGAGGACGUGCUGGACUUCUUAUUUUAUAAAAUUGCUGUACACGUUUUCACUCAUGCUCUAUAUCUGUUCUCAAGUGGAAUGGGACAUAGAUGUGUUUGUGUGUCUUUCUGCUUGUCUACAGGCAAACAUACACACUGCAUGAAUGGUUGCAUGGAUGUUUGUGCAUUUUUUUGUGCGUGCGUGCCUGCGUGUGAGCGUGUGUGUGUGUGUGAGAGAGACAGAGAGAGAGAGAGAGAGAGAGUGAUAGUGGGAGAACAGAGAAAAUAAAAUUAACAAUAAAAGUUUCAAUAAAAUUACUGACAUCUGUACAAACUAAAUGCAAA